GUAGAUGCCCCCUUUCCCAAACCGCCCGUGGCCUACCCGCAGCGAGCGCUCCUCUCGCACCCCAGUUCCAGGCUCUUUACGCAGCAGCAGCAGCUCAGGAUCCCGGGGUGUGCGCUGAUCGCCCCGGGGGAGUUCGGGUCCUGCAGCCUUGGGGGGCACCGGGUGUGCACCUGGGCGGGGCCGCAUCCCCGGCGGCGCCCCCCGCCCCCGCCGUCUGGCCGCGCGCCGGGUCCCCGCCGCAGAGCCGGGGGAGGAGCGGCCGAGGCUGAGUUGAGACAGACCCGGCCUCGGCGCGGCGGCGGCGGUGGUGGCGGCGGUGGCGGGACCCGGGCCACCAGCCCGACAGCACCGGCGCUCUCCUCCCCUCCCUUCCUUCCUCCCUCCCGUCAGCCGGCGGGGAUCCCCAGCGAGCCGGGGAGGAGCCGCGGCGGCCGCCAGACAAGCUGCAAGUCCGGAGAAGGCGAAAGAGGGGGGGAGGCGGGGAGCUCCGGGAGCCAGCCCGGUGGCAGGUCCCUCUUAAAGAGCCACGCCGCGCCGUGUCGCGCCACCCGGAGCGCUGCCCCUCCCCCGCAGCCCGCAGGGCCGGUGGCCGAACUGCACGGUGGGCGGUCCCGCUCGCCCAGCUAGGGUGCUGCUGCAGCUCUCGUGUCCUCUGCUUCCUCAGUCCUUCCCUUUUGUAGAAGAAUCUCUCCAGAAGCCAUCAUUUCCCUGAUGUCGAAGUCACUUUCUGCCAGCAUGGGCUGUGUGAGAUGGGAAUUACAUCUUGACCUAUAUUAUGAGUGUACAUGAGAAGUAAAUGCAAGAACAGAAGCAAAGCACAGAGAACAGCCGAUGAGAACAGCCUGAGAGCCCCUGGUGAGGCCGAGACUGCCCACUCUGUGGAAGAUGCUGGCUGCAGCCAGGCCGAGAAGUCCUCCAUUUUGAAGUGGGAGAACAGGUUUCAGCAGAACAGUGUCUUCAUUCCUGACCUCACCAUGGCUUCAACUCUCUGGCUGGACGGCUGAUGUGACUGUGUGUCCCACAUGCUGUUGGACUGUGUGCCAUCCAGGUAGUUCCCGCUCACAGGGUGUGGGAGCACAGCCCGUGGGCAUCAGAUGCUCCCAGAGUUUGGACCAGCAGAGUGAUGGACUUGGAUAGGCUAAGAUGGAAGUGACCUGAGGCCCUGCCCAGGCAGUUUCUUCACAACAGGACAAGUUAAGAAUUGAAACACAGGCUUGUCUGGGGAGCAGUAUGCCGGAAGCUGGUUUUCAGGCCACAAAUGCGUUCACAGAGUGCAAAUUCACCUGCACCAGCGGCAAAUGCUUGUACCUUGGUUCACUGGUCUGUAACCAACAGAAUGACUGUGGGGACAACAGUGAUGAAGAAAACUGUCUCCUGGUGACUGAGCAUCCACCACCAGGCAUCUUCAACUCCGAGCUGGAGUUCGCACAGGUCCUCAUCAUCGUCGUGGUGGUCACAGUGAUGGUGGUGGUUGUCGUAUGCCUCCUGAACCACUACAAAGUCUCCACACGUUCCUUCAUCAAUCGCCCCAACCAGAGCCGGAGACAGGAGGACGGGCUGCAGCCGGAAGGGUCCCUGUGGCCUUCUGACAGCUCCGUGCAGCGGCCAGGGGCUUCAGAGAUCAUGUGUGCCCCGCGGGGCAGGGAUAGGUUUACCACCCCAUCCUUCAUCCAGCGGGAUCCGUUCAGUCGCUUCCAGCCCACCUACCCCUACGUCCAGCACGAGAUUGACUUGCCUCCCACCAUCUCCCUGUCAGACGGGGAAGAGCCGCCUCCUUACCAGGGACCCUGCACCCUCCAGCUCCGGGACCCAGAGCAACAGAUGGAACUCAACCGAGAGUCUGUGAGGGCCCCGCCCAACCGAACCGUGUUUGACAGUGACUUGAUAGACAUUUCUAUGUACAACGGGGGACCAUGCCCGCCAAGCAGCCACUCGGGCAUCAGUGCAGCUACUUGUAGCAGUAACGGAAGGAUGGAGGGCCCGCCCCCGACCUACAGCGAGGUGAUGGGUCACUACCCGGGUACCUCAUUCUCCCACCACCAGCAUAGCAACACACACAGGGGCAGCAGACCACAGUUUCAGCCGAACAACUCAGAGGGCACAAUAGUACCCAUCAAGGGCAAAGACAGGAAGCCUGGGAACCUGGUCUGAUUCCCUUCAGGGUGCGCUUUGCAAGGAGAGAGAAACCUCGGCAGGGAGAGCGAGGCCACCGGCCCCUCUGCCACAGUGUUGUCCAGCUUUACGUCGUACAGCUGAGUAAAACCAAAUGUGCAAACACGGUCUUCGUUUCUGAUUCCUGUCCCGGGAAUUGCAUGCAAACAAGACUGGAACAAUCCGAACUUCCAUCCGGUUUGACCACAAACAGUGUUCAUCUGGGGGCAGGGGUGGAGUCAGGGUUAGAGAUGGUGUGAGCUUGGCCAAGGGCGUGCAGAGCAAACCGAGGAUGCUUUGAAGACUUCAUGAAACUAAGACCCACAGAGGUAUUUUUGACAUAUUUAAUUCCAAAAGGAGACUGCCGAUAAAGGAGGCCAGAAUGGCCUGUUUUUAUAAUUAACUGAAUAAAGAAGGAAGAAUUAUUAUAUAUUAUCAUGGGGAAGAAUCAGCCAGUUUGCUUUUUCUCCAAAGGUGUGAAACUUUUAUUUUGUUUUAAAAAUAUGAGUCAAAACUCCUGUUUUGUGUGCCAAGGUAUGAAGCGGAUAGAGGAGCGAGAGGAACUAAUUUGUGUUGUGAUGGUAUGCUUUCAGAGUUGCACUAUCUUGAUGUUUAAAAUAUGGAUGAGGGAACUGUGUUGUGUGAAGUUCUGUAUGUUGUCACCUAUGGAUGGCUAUUAUGCCCAAGGAACACCCUUGAGAGUUCAGAGUCAGUUAUACACGAAAGGUAUUUGGGAAUGUGCCCUGGCAUUUACCAAGUUACAUACAUUUAAGAAGUGGUGUGUUGCAAGAAGUUGCAGCCAGAUGCAGUGCACUACUAGAGUUAUUUGGAGAGGUUGGUGAAGAGAAACACCUGCAUUGUGUAUCAAGUGUCACGCAGAGCUAGCCUUGUUCCCAGCAGCAUCAGAGCAAUUUAGACUUUUUUUUCACUGUAGCAUGACAUAUAUUCAGAUACAUACCUUAUUUUAUGCAAUAAAUUGUUUAAAAUGCAAGAUGGUUAUUUUGUGUACUGCUGGACUGUGUAGCACAGUGCUUCCCAUGGCCUCUCCCGUCCUAGGCAGCUCUGUUGAGUUCUGCAAGGAUAUUCUGUUCAGCACCUGGCACCAGCAGUUGCUCCCAAGCCCACUUGGUUUUCUAAGUGCCAUCCUGGUGAUGGUUCCUUAUGCUUACUAUCCCCCUGGGCCUGACAGAGGGACACAUUUGGCACAAUACGCUGUUACGCAUCACCAGUAUUGCAUGGUAGAGGAAUCCGGUGCAGACCGACCCAGACUCAUGCCACAGACUCCCUUCUGUCUAGUUCGUCUUUGAACUGUGGUCAGCUGGAACACAGAGGUGGUGGGUGAGGGUGUGACUCAGGACAAGGCAUGGCAAAGUUGCAUCUGGACAAUGGCUUCUCAGUUUUUGAAGUCAGUUUACUAUUUCUACUAUUUCUAAACAUUCUUAUGUACAAUUAAAAAGCCCCAAUGACUUUCUUCUGCAGAUAUAAGAGCUGGCUCUGUAACUGCACCAUGGUGGGCUCAUGUGCAGUGGCAGGGCCUCUUCCUGGUGGUCUGGCCUCUGCACGUAACAGAAUGAACAGGAAUGGAGAGUCACUGACAGCUUGACACCAAAUCAGCGUGCGUGAGUGCUUGUGUGCAUGUGUGCGUUACUGUUUCCGGAGGUGAUUAUGUGAAGUCACUAUUCUCUCACCUGAGAACUAGAGAUGGUUUGAAGUCCUCAGUCAUGUCUGACCCCAGGCUUCCCAUUUCUGCUUGUCUCAGUAGGCAGGCCACUGACUGGCUUGGUUUGAGACUUGACAUCUCCAUGGGAUUUAUCCAUUUCACACAGUAGCAUCCACAGGAAUACUCACAGUCAGAAGGAGAGAGGACAUAUAGGGAACAGCUAUCAGCUCACACUUCAACACCGCUUGGAAGGAUGUACAUGUGAGGGUCUCUGGGACUCUGGAGUUGCUUUUCUGUCUUGUCUGGUGAUAUUCAGUGGCCUCGCAGGCUACAGGUUAGCUGGGCCAAAGAUGACCUUUCCCAUUUCCUUGAAGCUUCCUGAAAAGUGUCUGCCUCCUGGUGACCUAUGCUUUCAGACUGCCUAAAUGGGGCUCUGAGAUACAAUGGCAGAGGAAGGAGGUAUGUGUCCUUGCUGGGGCAUUCCAAAUCCUAACUGUAGUUUUGGUGAAGCUGGUGAUCUCACCCAUUAGUUUCCUCUCCAAAUGGCUUCUCAGUCCUUACUUUAGUCUUACUUUGCUGCCAGCUGUGAGAAAGAGCUAAGAUCAGAGAUUUGUAAGUUCCUUCAGAGCUUGGCAAGCAUAUGGACAUUUUGUAGAUGCCAACAGUAUUGGCAAAACAUUGGGUACCCUAGAGGACUGCCUUUUUAGUGUGUUCUCUCUCUCUCUCUCUCUCUCUCUCUCUCUCUCUCUCUCUC